CUGAAUCUGGUUUGAAUAAUAAAAUUUGUGAAACUUCCCACAAAACGCCGUCGUAUUAUUAGCACAGCUGCCCCUGCUGUGUUUUCUCAACAGCAGGGGAUCCGCUCCCGGCGGGCGUCGCCGCCUACACCGGCAAUUCUCUCGGUUACUGCUUCUCUUUUUCUCCUACGUCUCCUUUUUUCUUCUCGCCAUUAUCUCAGAUCUCUCUCGGUAUCACGCCCCACCGCAAUUGUUGCAGCCACUGCAUUCAGCGUCUGGACUCGCCGCCGUCACCCACUGUUCCUGAAACCGAAAGAUAUCCACAGAUCGUCGGUGGUGCUCCAAAUCCGAUGGUGGAGCAACAGGAGAAGCAGCCCAAAUCCAUCCCGCCCUACAUGAAGGCUGUGUCCGGCUCAUUCGGCGGCGUAGUCGAAGCCUCGUGCCUGCAGCCAAUUGACGUCAUCAAAACCCGCCUCCAGCUCGACCGCACCGGUUCGUACAAGGGGAUCCUCCACUGCGGUUCCACCAUCGUCCGCAACGAAGGCGUCCGCGCAUUGUGGAAGGGCUUGACUCCUUUCUCUACGCAUUUGACGCUAAAAUACGCGCUCCGGAUGGGCUCCAAUGCUUAUCUUCAGUCAGCCUUCAAGGACUCCCAGACGGGGGAGCUUAGCCACCAUGGCCGAUUGUUGUCUGGAUUCGGUGCCGGAGUGCUCGAAGCUCUCGUUAUUGUCACUCCAUUUGAGGUAGUGAAAAUUCGACUGCAGCAGCAGCGAGGAUUGAGUCCCGAACUCUUCAAGUACAAGGGACCUGUACAUUGCGCUCGUAUGAUUGUCCGUGAAGAAGGGUUGCGUGGUCUGUGGGCUGGAGCUUCCCCAACUGUGAUGCGUAAUGGAACAAACCAGGCUGCCAUGUUUAGUGCUAAAAAUGCAUUUGACGGGUUAUUGUGGGGGAGACGCGAAGGUGAUGGGAAAAUCCUCCUACCUUGGCAAUCUAUGAUAUCGGGAUUUCUUGCUGGAACUGCUGGUCCAGUAUGUACUGGGCCCUUUGAUGUUGUGAAAACAAGGCUCAUGGCUCAAAGCAAAUCGAGCGGGUUGAAAUACAGAGGUAUGUUUCAUUGUAUCACAACUAUAUAUGCUGAGGAGGGAAUUCUUGCAUUGUGGAAAGGAUUAUUGCCAAGGUUAAUGAGGAUCCCACCUGGACAGGCAAUCAUGUGGGCUGUGGCUGAUCAGAUAACUGGAUUUUACGAGAGGCGAUACCUACAAGCCUAUUGAGCAUUCUGUAAUUCACUUGGAGAACUCGAACUGGAAAUGCUGGAAUAGGUAGUGGCUUUGGAAGUAUAGGAGAGAUUUCGGGCUGUUCACCUGUUGCUGCUAAAGGCACAGAAGCUGGCUCUGUAAGCCGAGAAAACAUUGCUUAUGGCCAUGGGGACUAUAGCUUUGUUAACAGAGCAAGUUAUAACAGAGAAAAUGAAGGCAUUGCUGGCUCUGCAUCUUUUUAUUCUACGCCAAAUAAUAUUUACGAAGAGAACUACAGGAACUUGUAUGAAGACUCGUUUAAUGGGGAUGAGGCCUGGCGUUCUUCAUCGCAAGAGCUUGAGGUCGCAUCUGAAACUGCAGCUGGUUAUGCUGGUGGUUAUAGUGUUAGAUCAGAUAGAG